ACAACAACCCCAACAAUGCGACAAACUGCAGUUAACGAGAAAAUCGACCCUUUAAUGCGCAUCCAACAGGAAAUCCAAGAGGUGGAACGACGUGAGCAGGAAUAUCGUCGUCUCAUCUCCAGCACAUCCACAAUGGCUGUGGGCGAGAACGAAAAUCACGAGUCCUCCGAUGACCAGCACAAUGACAGCCUACAAUCCCUGAGUCCAGUACCACCGGUCAACACCUCACUGAACAGCAAUGAGGAUUGCAACUCGAACAUGCCCUCGCUCGCCCUGAGCGUCAACAGCAUCAAAGACGAAGAUCACCAUUCGGAUGAUUCGGGCAUUUCCGCCUCCUCCAGUCCAGUGAAUGGUGUCUCGGCCAAUAUCAAAAAACUCAAUGAGGCUGCCACAAAACCCCAGACCGCCAACCAGACCGUAACUGCACCCAGCACCCCCUUGCCAGCCAAGGAGCAUCGUUACAUCGGCCCCAACUGCUAUGCCUUGACGCCUGAACCACCUCAGCAGAAACUAAUGACACGUACCGUGUCCACACCUCUCUUGAGUGCUAUCAAAGCUCCACGCCAACAAUUCACCAUGAGUCCGGCGCAUAAGGGAGUGAUGCAGCGAUUCAUUGCCUCACGUGGCAAGCUACAGUUGAACAAUAGCCUCAGCAGUCCCAGCCACAACAACAGUAACAAAAUCUUUCUAAAUGGCAACAAUGCUGUGGCAGUUUUGGGUCUAAAUUCUCCCUCUGCUGCAUUGAAUACUCCACCCAAUACCCCCAUGACUCCAGCCACAGCUUUGUUGGGCAAUGCCUCCACCACACAACCGGACUUUGCCAUUCGCAGUCCAAUUGUACCCAGUGUUAUUCUAUCGCCACCACAAAUUGAACGUGAUUCUGAAGGUAGACCCAUUCGUCCUGGCUAUGUGCCUGUGGAGGUGAAAAUUCAACGUGAGCUGCAGGAUUUGAAGACGCGUGAAAGUGAGCUGAAGAAGAUCCGAAAAAUCCGACAAUCGACACCAGAUCUUUUGGAUUCCAUUGAAAAUGAAUUGGCCGAUUCCGAUAGCGAUGACUCUGAGGUUGAGCACUGUUAUGGUCCUGGUAAAUUGCGUGCUGCCAAAUCGAUUGGUGAUAUGUGUGAUUCGGCACACAACAGCAGUUCCAAUAGCCUUUCGCCCAUUCCCGAUUAUGAUAAGCAGCAGCAACAACAACGUGGCGGUAUGCGACCAGCUGUCUCCUUGGCCCAACUCUGUGAGAUGGAUCCCGAAGAGACACCCUCAUCGAAAGGUCUUAUAGCCCAAUGGGAAAAUCUUAUACAACAAAAUGCCUAAGAAGAGAAC